ACGGAGAGGCGGGGCUAGUGCGUGGUGGGAAGGGGCGGGAUCCUGCCGCCGCGGCUGCCGCUGGAGCCGGUGUCCGGGCUGGUGAUGGGGUUAAUUCCCUUCCGUGAGACUCUUCCUUGCAACCAGCCGGCCCCGCCGUCGCCCCGCCGCGCCGCGCUCACGCCGCCUCCUCCUGCUCCUUCUCCUCAGUAACGCGGAUAAACAAAUUGGGUCUGGCUGUUGUGAUCCCUCUGAAUUGGGUCCAGAGAUAGCAAGUCUCCUAAACUAGCUAGAGGUGAAGAGGUAUCUUCCAAAACAGUAUGGCUUAACUAAAUAAUAUGUUGAAUUCCUGAAGGAGAAAAAAAGAAUUUCCAGCAUGAAUGAAUACACACAAGCAGGUAUACCUCAACACUGAGGUUAUAGUUUGCCCAGGCCACUGAAAGGUAUGAUAUAUUUGAUCCAAGACAGUCCAUUUCAGCCCAGGAAUCUACAGUGGUGACAAGGACAUGGGACUCCUCCCGCCAGAUUACUGUUGGUUCAAUACAAUUGACAUCCUGGCUGACAGCUGUGAAAAGCAACCUUGGGUUAUUUUAUUUUAUUUUUGUGGAACACCACAAUCCCAGAUUCAUAGGACACAGCAGGCUUCAAGUUCCCUGUAGAAUUCUAAAAUAACCUUUGCUAAUGAGGAUGUCUGAUAUUGUUAUAAUAAAAGAUGAAACUGAAACAAUGAAGGAUUUGGAGGCAGAAGUGAAAGAUACAACCAGAGUUGAAAAUCUUAUUAAAUCAGAAAACUAUGGGAAGAUUUUGGCAGAGAAGAAUGAACAUUGUAUUGACAACAAUAUUGAUUUGCAGUCAAGCUCAAAGUUAAAGCUAGUUCGGAGCCUUGCAGUGUGUGAAGAAUCUCCACCACUCCCUGCAGCAGAGAUAUCACAGGAGACCCAGGAAAAAAUUCAAAUCCAGUUAACACAAUCAUUUGAAAAAGAGGAAAAGCCCUCAAAAGAUGAAACAGAUAAAGAAAAAGCCAGUGAUAAGUUGCCCAGAAAAAUGUUAUCAAGAGAUUCCAGUCAAGAAUACACUGAUUCAACUGGCAUAGAUCUACAUGAAUUUUUAGUAAAUACAUUAAAAAACAAUCCCAGGGACAGAAUGAUGCUGCUGAAAUUGGAACAAGAAAUUUUAGAUUUCAUUGGUAAUAAUGAGUCCCCACGUAAGAAGUUUCCCCCAAUGACAUCUUACCACAGGAUGCUGUUACACAGAGUGGCUGCCUACUUUGGAUUAGACCAUAAUGUUGAUCAGAGUGGAAAGUCUGUCAUAGUGAACAAAACUAGUAACACGAGAAUACCUGAUCAGAAAUUUAAUGAACAUAUUAAGGAUGACAGGGGUGAAGACUUUCAGAAACGAUACAUCCUUAAAAGAGAUAACUCUAGCUUUGACAAAGAUGAUAGCCAGAUGAGAAUACGUUUAAAAGACGACAGAAGAAGCAAAUCUAUAGAAGAAAGAGAAGAAGAAUACCAGAGAGCUAGAGAUAGAAUAUUUUCCCAAGAUUCCCUGUGUUCCCAAGAAAACUAUAUUAUUGACAAAAGAAUCCAAGAUGAGGACACUAGUGGUACUCAGCAGAGGCGCCAGAUAUUUAGAGUUAAUAAAGAUGCUUCAGGGAGAUCAACAAACAGCCACCAGAGCAGCACUGAAAAUGAGUUGAAAUACUCAGAGCCACGACCCUGGAGCAGCACAGAUUCAGACAGCUCCUUCCGGAACCUGAAACCUGCUGUAACCAAAGCCAGCAGCUUUAGCGGAAUCUCAGUCUUGACAAGAGGUGAUAGUUCUGGAAGCAGCAAAAGCAUAGGCAGGCUUUCAAAAACAGGAUCUGAGUCUUCAGGUAGCGUAGGGUCCUCUACAGGCUCUCUUUCUCACACCCAGCAGCCUCUCCCAGGUUCAGCUCUUAGCCAGCCUUCUCAUGGCGCACCUGUCAUCUACCCGGCAGCCAGCACUCACAGUUCUCUUUCCUUUGAUGGUGGCCUCAGUGGGCAAGGUGCAUCUCCUAGCACUAGCUUCCUUUUGCUUCCCUUGGAAGCAACUGGCAUACCACCUGGCAGUAUUCUGAUCAACCCACAGACAGGUCAGCCCUUCAUAAAUCCAGAUGGAAGUCCAGUUGUGUACAAUCCCCCUAUGACUCAACAGCCAGUUCGAACCCAAGUGCCUGGUCCUCCACAACCACCUCUGCCAGCCCCACCACCUCAGCAGCCAGCAGCCAGUCACAUCUUCUCACAGGAUAACCUUGGCUCUCAGUUCAGCCACAUGAGUCUUGCCCGCCAGCCAUCAGCUGAUGGUUCCGACCCUCAUGCCACCAUGUUCCAGUCCACCGUGGUUCUUCAGUCUCCACAACAGUCUGGUUACAUUGUGACGACAGCACCCCCACAUCCUCCUCCACCACCUCCACCACCUCCUCCUCCUCCUCCUCCUUCCCUACCACCUGGGCAGUCAGUCCCCACUGCCAGUUUCUCUGCCUCUGGGCAUCCUGUCAGCCAGCCUGUGCUCCAGCAGCAGGGGUAUCUUCCUCAGCCCUCACCACAGAUGCCAGCCUGUUACUGUGCUCCAGGCCACUAUCACUCCAGCCAGCCUCAGUACCGCCCUGUCCCUUCUGUCCAUUACAGUUCACAUCUAAACCAACCACUGCCACAGCCUGCACAGCAGACAGGUUAUCAAGUUAUGCCCAACCAGCAGCAAAACUACCAAGGAAUAGUUGGAGUUGAGUCACCCCAGAGUCAGAGCCUCGUGGGAGGCCAUCCAAACAGCACUGGAACUCAUAUCCAAGGAGUGGUCAUCCCCUACCCUUCAGUGCCAUCAUAUCAGGUUUCACUGCCUCAAGGUUCUCAAGGAAUUGCCCAUCAGACUUACCAACAGCCUGUUGUGUUCCCUAACCAAUCUAAUCAAGGAUCUCUGCCUACAACAGGAAUGCCAGUCUACUACAGUGUCAUUCCAUCUGGCCAACAAAGUAAUUUAAGCUCUGCAGUUGGUUACUUACAACAUCCAGGGUCAGAACAAGUACAGUUUCCUAGAACCACGUCGCCAUGCAGUUCUCAACAGCUCCAAGGCCACCAAUGUGCAGCUGUGCCACAGCAGCCACCUGGUGGAGGAAUGGUGAUGAUGCAGCUCAGCCUCCCAAACAAUCCACAGUCUCGGGCGCAUUCCCCCCCACAGUGGAAACAAAACAAGUAUUACUGUGACCACCAGAGAGGGCAGAAGUGCAUGGAAUUUAGCAGCAUAGACAAUAUUGUCCAGCACAGCCCUCAAUUGAGCAGCCCCAUCAUCUCCCCAGUGCAGUCACCUGCACCAGCUCAGCUGUCCACCUUGAAGACCAUCCGUCCAUCGGGACCACCGCUCUCCAUCAUGUCCCAGUUCGCUAGACCUUUUGUUCCUGGGCAGGGCGAUGCCAGGUAUCCACUGCUUGGCCAGCCCCUGCAGUACAACCCUCCUACUCUUCUGCAUGGACACAUUCCACACCAACAGGGUCCGUCUGGCAGCAGGCAUGGAAACCGAGGACGCAGACAAGCUAAGAAAGCUGCAUCCACUGACCUCGGAGCCGGCGAGGCAGUUGUUGGCAAGGUCUUGGAAAUCACAGAACUACCAGAUGGAAUAACUCGAAUGGAAGCCGAAAAGCUUUUUGGGGAACUCUUUAAAAUUGGCGCCAAGAUCCGAUGGCUCCGGGACCCGCAGUCUCAGCCCCAGCUCCGUCGUCAUCCUCUGUGCUGUGGCAGUGGGGAUAGCACUGUCAACCCCGAGCGCUCUAGACCCAGUGACCUGGCCUCCACGUACACUGUCCUAGCCACCUUCCCCUCCAUCUCGGCUGCCCAGAGUGCACUGAAGAAGCAGAUCCACUCAGUGAACAAGUUCAAGCUGAGAAUGAGCAAGAAGCACUACGACUUCCACAUUUUGGAAAGGGCAAGUUCUCAGUAAACCAGCCACCUUUGGACCCCUCUAGAAUCCCCCUGUCCUCUCCCAUCUGAUUGGCUUGAUAUGUGGAGUGGAUGUUAAUAUAGAAACUCCUGGGAUGUGUGGCCACAUGUUACAGCUUUUGGAAGAAAAGCCAGGGACCCAGUAAGGGAGGGGGAGAUAUUCAUUUCACCCCAGUGACUGUAGGAACCCACACAGGAACGAUACAGAGAUAGCAGCUUUUUCUAAGGAAAUGCUGUUCAGAUGCCUCCUAACUUUUAUAGUUAUUUUGUUUUAUAUUUCUGAAUUCUUGUAUCAGAUCCAAAGCUCUAUUGUACAGCAAAUUAUUCUUCAAAGUGAUUAUAACCAGUUGGAACCUGUAUUUCUUUCUGCAGCCAGCACAGUGUGAACCAACUCAGACUUUGGGAGAAAAAGAAUGCAGGAGUGGAAUAACCAAGUCAAAACCAUGUCAAAACUGUCCUCGGGGGGUGCUGAGGGUGCUAAGGAAACCCACAACUAGACGUUACUCCUCCACUGAAUUGCUAAACACAGAAAAGUUUUCCAGGAAAUCCAGAACUCCCCAACAGAGUCCUUCCUUCAUUUAGGUAGUAUGGCCAUUAAGUGUAAGGUAAUUAUGUUCUCAAUGCCUCUUAAUCAAACCACUUAGGUUACAGAGAAAUAGGAAUCAUCCUAGGCAGGAAAAUUAUUCCACUUUUUUUUAAGUGUCCUUCCAAUAACUAAAUGCCACUCAUCUGCAUCCUCCUCUGUGGAUAUUUUAUCUCCUGAGGAAAUGCACUUGACGAGUGCUGACAGUUUCUUAAGUGGUUUCAUUUUGUUUUCAUUGUUUGCAGCGAAUUACUGGACAUCCAAGAUUCAUUGCACUUAUGAACAAGGAACCUUAUUUUCAAUUUCUGUGUAAUUUUGCAAGGCUGUACAAUGUGCUGAUGCAAGCCUUUUUCAGUUCAAGAGAAUAAAUGUUUACAAAUGUA